AUUUAAACUCAUUUCACAGCCUUUAUUUAGUAUUCAUGGUCUUUAUAGUAUUACUGUGUGUGCUGUCACUUCUCUGCCGAGAAGUUUCCAGUCCUUGCUUUUUCCCAGCUCCUCUCAGGGAGCCUUUUAGAGCCGUCAGAUUGCAAGUUGUGGUGGAAACUUUGGGGUGGUGGUGGAGUAGUUUUGGCAGCGUUGGAAUGGUAAUUUUUUAAAAUCAAAAGUAGCUCAUAUGUGGUAAAUUUCAACUAGGAAAACAAGUUUUUAUUACCCUGACUGAAUUUGCCAGGCUUAAUGUGUAUAUGAAGAAUCAUAAAAAUACUUAAAUGCUUAUGCUCUUUUAGUGUGAAAGCAUGUCUUUUUUCUGAGAUGAGAAUCAAUGGCAAUUUUACUGGAAUGAUUGUAGACUCUGUAAACACCACUGUGAAAGCUUGUUUAACUCUGAGGGUGCUGAGGCACUGAGGGCAGAAAAUCUGGCUCUCACAUUAAAAGGUGAGGAAUACUUUGCAAGAACUCCUUCAUUCAUAUCACAUAUUCAUGACACUGUCGCCUGUGUUAAUAUGUUAUAACAUCAAUGGGCUCUUUCCCCCUCAGUGUUGUGAUUGCUUAGACUAUUAGAUUGAAAACCAGGUUUUCAUACUAUAAGGUGCCUGGUGCUACAUUGUCUCAGAGUACUUUCCAGGACAAUAUUACUUUUUGAAAAUAAAACUAAGCACUUUCUAGACAGAAAAAGCCAUGCAGGAAUAUUAUUUGUACAAGAAUAAGAGGAAUUUGUGGGUGAUUUGACAGACUAGUCCAUGAUUCAGUGUCUCACACUGAGUUGCAGAGUUCCUCAUUCCUCAAACUGCUUUAAAGAUUGAAGCUGCUUUUAAAGUUUACCUUCACAAGUGAGAGGCAACUGUGUCAGUCCCAAUACCUUAGGAACUCGUGGAGUACUUGACAUAGCAGUUAAUUACAUUUAGGACUGUUUUAUCAUCUCAAUCUGUUCUGCAAUGAAUUAUCCAAUAGAUUACUGUUUUAGGGAAUCUGCUUGACCCGUGGUCCUUCGCUUCCAAAUAGCCAGCUGGGGAGUUUUUGGAGCAGGCUGUACUCAGGCCAGGUGUGAUAUGGUUAACAGAUUCUCCAGAUGAAGUUGUGGCUAUCCUCCAGCACUGCGAGUGUGUUCUGCUUUAUAUUGUUCCAGCUGUGAGUCUGUAACACUUUCUUGUGAUUGUACAAUGUCUGAUUCUGCAGUACUUGUGGGGGUUUGUUCCCCAUUUCAUGUACCUUCUCUUCACUUUUCUCUGCACAGAAACAUCUCAGGCUUUCUCCAGGCAGGUUCAUACCUGCCAACACCAUUUACUCCUAACUUCAAACUUCAACUUCUGUCUUAGGACAGCCUUCCACCCCCACCAGAUCAGCAGUCCUGGUGAAGUCGACAGAAACAGCAACUUUAGGCAACAGGAGGGGUUAGAUGAGAUGUCAGAAAAACAGCUUCACCUUUAGCCCUGACCUGCUGCACGACUUCAGAGCUGAUAUUGUCUGCGCAGGCAGAGGACUGUGUACAGGACAGUCAAAAAGUAAGGAGCCAGGUGUGGUUGCAGUCCCUAGGAAGGUGCAGGUGAGCAGAGCAGGAUGAUGGAUGCGGUGGACGUGCCGCCCGAGGGCUACUCCCUGAUCAAAGCCGUGUACCAGCGGCGCCUGCGCCUCACCAGGCUGCUGAUUGAUGGCGGGGCCUAUGUCAAUGAGAGCAACAGCAGGGGCGAGACCCCUCUCAUGAUUGCUUGUAUGACCAAACACGUGGACUUACAGAGUGCUAGCAAGGCAAAGAUGGUGAAAUACCUGCUGGACAACAAGGCUGACCCGAACAUACAGGACAAAUCUGGGAAGACAGCCUUGAUGCAUGCUUGCAUGGAAAAAGCAGGCCCUGAAGUGGUGUCUCUGCUGCUGAUGAGCGGAGCUGACCCGAGCCUGCCAGACCACUCCAACUGCUCUGCUCUGGUGUACGCAAUAAACGCUGCAGACAAGGACACCCUGGAAAUUCUGCUUAAGGCCUGCAAGGCACGAGGGAAAGAAGUGAUCAUCAUCACCACAGGCAAGUCUGCAUCAGGGAGGCAGAAGACAAAGCAGUACCUGAAUGUGCCUCCUCCAGACCUCGAGGAAUGCGCUUCCCCAGCUGAUUGCACCUCCCUGUCAGAAAUAGAAUCAAGCGAGGGUCCAGAAGACCCAUUCAGCUUUAAAGAGCUGUAUGGUGGACACCCAUAUGAUAACCCAUCUGAAACAGUGCCACUAAUGACCAAAUCCAGCUCAACACCAGCACGGUUCAAGCUGACACAGGUGCUGCAGUGUGAUCCGUGGCUAAAGUGCUGUCCAGCAGUGUUUCCGCAGAGGAAAAUUGCUUCUUCACAAGAACUUCGGGCUAUCAGUCCCACAGAAGACCUCUCCUGUAAAUUCAGUGCCUUUGACUUAUCCAAAGGCGUCACCACCAGUCACGAAAGUAGAGACAGGAAAGACACUGCUCAUGUACUGAAAACCUCUGAUCAAACCAUGUCAAGGAAAGCAUUACGCGAUGCAAUAAACUAUCAGACUCCUUUUACUGAAGAGAAACAUAACCCCAGUGAGAUUCCUAUGGGCAUGGAUGCCAGUUUGGGACAAAUCAGCUUACUUUCAAACCUCGGCAGUAUUAUCAAGAAGGGAAGUGGAGAAUCAAAUUACAACAUCUCCGGUUCUCAGCUAACUAACAGUCUCAUUCCUGCUGCUGAUACAAAAGACAGUAAGUCACCAAAAGGAAAGAAAGAAAUUCUUUCUACAUACCAGACUUUGUUACCAAGUCCGAGAAGAGUUCUGGAGAAGAUGUCUCCUGUUUCUCCGAGAGGCAGAAAUCAGGCUUCUCUAGAGGAACAGGGUUCAGGAGCCUUAGUGCUGGAUCAGACAAGGCCAGGUUUUCUGCCACCACUGAAUGUGAACCCUCGCCCCCCAGGUCCAGAGCUCACUGUCAUAAACACAGUUUCUGGAAUGAUUUCUUAUGGACAAACUCACUCAGUACCACCAGGAUCUGCUGCCCCUAGGGGGACCAAAGAUACGAAUCUGCUGCGGAGGAGGCCAUAUGAGCAGAUUACAGUCUGAGCAGAUUCAGCAAUGACUGAAUCUUUACCAGGAGAGCAAAGGGGAUCUUUAUGAUAUGUAAAUAUUCACUGCAGUCCUUGAAUGUAAUGGUAGGUAUCACAAAAUACAGCAGGGCUGUGAUGUAAAGUGAUGUCUGCCUCAGGAUGAGUGGGAUAGCUCAGAGACUGGAUGAAAAGACAUACUUACCUAAUGAGGCUGCCUUCUGCAGACUAAGGAAUGUUUAUUUGCUGCUUUUGUAAAGUUUUCAAAUUGCCUGUGACAGAAUGAACCCACAAUGGCCUUAGGCAUUGCAGUUCUCAUUGUAGGUUGUACAUACUACCCCUCCUAGAUUUCCCCAAGCAUACACCCUUUCUGCACGCAGAGAGGUGGUGCACAUGGAAUUGGGGAACCUGAAACAUUGGACUGUGAUGCUGGACACCAGACUGACUCGAUCAGGUUGUAUAUAUCCAGAGAACCCUGAGACGUCAGCACGCAGUGGGGUGGGUAGCAGCAGGUGUACACAGGCAGUGUCUCCUGGCCUCAACAGCUUCACUGCAAGUGAGCAGACACUGCAGAGCUGAUGACACGUUGCAGAGCUGUGCUGCCCACGGAAUUCCAGCUAAGGACUGGGAGCGUGCUUCAGACGCCUGGCUGGCACUGGGAGCCAGUGGUGCACAGCACGGGCGCUCUCCAGCCCGGCACACGACGCCGGGCAGCGCUGUCGGGAGCCCAGCAGGGCGAGUGACGAGCCCUGGGUGUGCCACAAACCAGCGCUGUCCCCCCAGGCACUGCGGCCACCUCGGGCUGCCCCGGAGACAGCCCCAGAGACAGCCCCUGGGAUCUGCUUCCUUCAGAAGAGGGAGGGUGGGGGAGGCAGAGCCUGGAUCUCAGUCAGGGUCUGUUACUUUCUGCAGUUCUGCAGUCCCCCAGGAAGAGAUCUCCAUGUCAGGCUGGAGCAAUCUGCCCCCAGUCACAGCCCUUUUCACCAGGGUACAGACGCUGGGACACACCGAGAUGUUGUCCUCAUGAGCAGGGGCACUUCACACACACACACACACACACACAAUUCUUUGGAGCAGAGAAGAGCUCUGUUCUCCUGCUCAGACAAAGCAGGUAACUCAAACUGCAUCACAACUUCAACACAAAGAAGAUAACUUAAGGGAAGUUGAGGCACUGGCACAGUUUUCCCAGAGAAACUGUGGCUGCCACAUCCCUGGGAGUGUCCCAGGUCAGG